AUGACUGCAUUGGUUGGUUGUCGAAUUUUUUUUACUGUCAACACCCUUUCCUAUCUGUUCUUCCUGUAAUGCAUUACCCUUUUCAUAGGAUAGGGUAAGUUAGGAGCCCUUCCAUAUUUUAUCUUUUGGCCAUAGUAUUCUACUCCCGAUGGUCAGAUGCUUGCGAGAUAACCCUGCCAGUUAAUGACAGAGAACUUCUUUGUUUUGUUUUAUUAUAUUAUAUUAUUAUACUCUUAUGAAAUCAUCGAAACAUUCUCUAAAGCUCCCAAAUUAAGGGAGACUGGACCACUGCUGAUAGAUUUUCCCAAUGUUGGUUAUCCUAGCUCAUACUCUUUGAUCUAUGGCACGAUUAAUGCUAUGAAGUAUUUUCUGUGUCUGUUUUUUUCUAUUUCUGCGUAUAUGCUGCUCUGUUUUGUAGGACUAUGGCCAACUCUCAAAUGAUCGUGUCUUCAUCCAUCCUUCCUGAAACAAUCAGUGUGUAUCUUUCCGAAGCUCAAUCAGACUCUCCUGAACAGCAACAGAAAGCUCUGCAAACACUGGCUACGAUCACCAAGGUCAGUCCCCAAAACAGAAACCUACUAGCGAAAACAAAUGGAGCAGUGGCUACCCUUCUUGCCCUCUCCAAAACAUCAUCCUCCACCAUCCAGUCUCUCUCGUUGUCCAUCCUCUUCAACCUCUCCCUCAACCCUGACCUGAAGAAGUCUCUUGCGGAGAUGGAAACCAUCUAUGUCCUGAACUCUAUAAUUCUCACUCCAAUAUCCCCAGAGUCCAGCAGAUUAGCUGCCUCUCUGGUAUGCAGCUUGGCAAUGCUUGACAAGAACAAGACUAAGUUUGGUGUAGCAGGCACCGUCGAGGUUUUGGUCAAUAUGAUCGCCAGACCCCGAGGUCCUGCUGCUCAUCACCUCCUUAGUUCCUUGGCAGAGCUAGUGCAGUUUCAUGGAAAUUGCACCUUGGCUGUCCGUUCAGGCGCUGUCCAGGUGCUGAUUCAAUUGGUGGAGAGCACAGAUGGGGAGGAUCUGGCUGGAACUUCACUUGCUGUUCUGGGUCUUCUUGCAAGGUUUGUGGAAGGGUUGAAUGCUCUUAUAAAAACUGAACACAUUGUGAAUACUAUGCUGAAUGUGCUAAAAGGAAGGUGCACGUUCAGCAAGGAAGGUGCAGCUGAAAUUCUCCUUCACCUGUUCGAUGAAAGUGAGGGUUGCCUGAGAGAAGCUCUGAGUCUGCCAGAGUUCGUCAGUGCCCUGACUGAUCUUUCAGUUAGAGGUUCAGCAAGAGCUCGAGAGAAAACUUCUUAUCUGAUGAAGAAGAUGACGGACGCAGAUUUUUCAGCACUGACACUAUAAUAAUUAAUUUAUUUUGGAAUAACCGCUUUCUCAUGAUUCUUUUC